CGCCAUCAUGGGUCCCAUGCACGCUCCCGGGAAGGGCCUGUCCCAGUCGGCGCUGCCCUACCGCCAUAGUGUCCCCACGUGGCUGAAGCUGACGUCUGACGACGUGAAGGAACAAAUUUACAAACUGGCCAAGAAAGGCCUGACUCCCUCCCAAAUAGGUGUGAUCCUGAGGGAUUCGCAUGGUGUGGCACAGGUCCGUUUUGUGACUGGUAACAAAAUCCUGAGAAUCCUUAAGUCAAAAGGCCUUGCCCCUGACCUCCCUGAGGAUCUGUACCAUUUGAUAAAGAAAGCGGUGGCUGUCCGAAAACAUCUUGAGCGGAACAGAAAGGAUAAGGAUGCUAAAUUCCGCCUGAUUCUGAUAGAGAGCAGAAUUCACCGGCUGGCUCGUUACUAUAAGACUAAGUGGGUCAUCCACAGCCUCUGCUCUAGUGGCAUAAAUUCUCUCAAGUAUACACAGCAAUAA